AUGGCGUCACCCAAGCAGACCCAGACGCCUCGAGCAGUCGCGAGAGGCAAGGCUUCAGCCCUAAUAGCGGAGUUUGAAGAGUCCGGUUCCUCGUUUGGCAGUCUGUCCAAGUUUCGUGACCUUCAUCCGACUGCGGCUGUACUCCUUUUUACACCUAUUAUCGUCCCGACAGGGUAUCAAGGCACUCACGGUCAGCAAAGUCUGCAAGUGGCAAUGGAUUUCAAAGCACCCGCGACUUCUGGUUCGAAAGACGGACACUGCGACACUGACCCGUUCGAGACGCUUGGCCGGGCGAUGAGCAAACAACACAAUCGCAUCAUGCAUGUGCCGUUUGUGCCGAGUGUCGGCUUCACGAAGACGCACGAGGCCUUCUUAGCUGCAGGAGACGCUGUCCUCGUCGUGUCGUGUGUGCCGGAGCAACUGACUGGAGGAGAAAGGUCGAGCAUCGAAGCCAUCUUGGCUAAGCAGGUCGAAUUCGGCAGAGCGGUAGCAAACAGUCUGAAAGCGAGAGCGCGCCAAGUACCCUUCACCACGUUCAGCUUCGGCAGUGACGACUGGCUGAACGAGAUCGCUCAAGGACUCAACCACGUCUGGGUUGGCGACAAAUACAAUGCGGACUCGAUCGAAAACAUCCUUACGCUACUUUUCGACGUCAAGGCUCCCAAGGCGGAGCCAGCCCCAGCAAAAUCUGCUCAGUCAUAG